GCUCCAUUUGAUUUGCACGGCAGGCGUUAUGAAACGUUACGAACUUUCGCUCUACUUGUCAACUGGAUACAGCUCAAGUAAUUUGGACAGCUGAAGUAUUUCUUGGGGAUUGCUUGUCCUAUCCUUUUGUACAGUACUUACGAAGUGGAUAAGAUAAUCCAACAGUGAAGUGGCUGCACAAUACGACAAAAGAAUCUAAUUUGUUUAGAUAUUGUUAUGGGUAGAUUUUUUUAAGUGGGUGCUUUUUACCCAUUGCGAAGAGCUAUCGUAUUGCAAUGUUUUUUUUUUCAGUGUUAUCUGCAAGAAAGCCGACAAACGGCUGCGAAACUGCUGGAAAAAUCAGUUCGGGCGGGAAAACAAAACCAUAAACAUAACUUUAGUCGUUAAACUUAUUCAUCGAGUGAAAUCCUGGAAAAAUAGUGUUUUACUGGACGAGUCUAGAAUGUAAUUUAUUUUCAUCCAAUGAUUUGUUCAAAUUUGUGAUUGUUUAUCGUCGAAAACAUAUUAAAGAAUGGCAAAUCUUGACACACCUCAUCGUAUUCGACCGGCGCUUACUGAAAUUGCAACAGAGUUGGGUAUUCUGCACCCGGCAUCUGCUUCACUUGGAGUAAAUAGAAGAAAUGCAUUGAAUCCUGGUCUGAUCGAUAGUCCCGCUGCCAAUAUUCCGGAUAGCUAUCUCUCACCCAGGAUGUCUCCAGAUGAAGCUGUCAUCCAGCAGCGGGGACGUCGUCGAGUCCCCAUUAUGUGGAGCCCAGAAAAGGGAUUCCAGUCCCCGAACAAGACACCAACCAAAAAUAUUUCGGCUAUGACGCUAAGAAGCUCCCCUCGAAAACGUUCGUUAAUCAAGGAGUUGUCCAACACUCGUGUUUCGGAAGCUGAGACGAGUUACCCUUCGCCAACGAAUAAAAGAAACACACCAUCCAAAGGAGCCCUUGGAAGUGCGAAAAAGAUACGUUUGCAGGAGGGGUCGAUGAAUCGCUCCAAAGACGAAGUUCCUCUGGAAACAUUACUCAGAGGAUUCAGUCAGGAACAGCUGAUUGCUAUGAUAACUGGAAUGGUACAGACAAAUCCAAGAUUCGAGGAAAUCAUCCGAUCUGAAUUACCCAUUCCCGACAUAGCACCAUUGGAGGAACAGUUAUGCUACCAGAAGAAAAAUAUUUGUAAAAGUCUUCCUGCGACGCGCUUGGUUAGCAAAACAGAUAGUCCGGCUUAUGCUAGGGCUGCAACGCAUUUGGCUGCAUUCAAAAAAACUCUUAUCGAUCAGGGCCAAACACUGCAGAACUCGAAACAUUGGGAUGCUCUACUGGAUUAUGUACUCAUGGCAUGGAACUACGUUCGCUCAACCCCGGUCUGGGAUAAUUACGCUCACAACUCCAUACGCAGGCACUGUUUCAAAAUUCUGUCAUAUCAUGCCAACACCGCACUGAAAAAUGGAUCCACAGCUCUGGGAAAAGAUAGAAUUGAGCGUUUUCAUGCAAAAUUGAAAUCGAUGGCUACAGAUUGCGAGGAUAUCAAUGAUUGCCAUUCUUGUCUUGGAUAUCUUUUGAACAAUGUAUGAAACGUGUCAAUCUACUAACUAUAUUAUAGGAUCUAGCUAGCUCAUGAAGUUGACUGAUUACGCUUCCAAAAUCUUGGUUGCAAAUGAACGGAGUGAGUCAGCCAUUGAUCGCGCCUUAACAACAUUAAGGACGGUAUCAUUUUAACAUUCUCUGAUUUUAUUAUUGUAAUAAGUCCGCAAAGUUCAAAUCGAUUAAUGUUCAAAUCAAUUUCAAAUUGAGUCAUGUUGUACUCAAAUUUUUAUUAGGUGUAUCUGGUCGUAUCAUGAAAACAAUGUUCAUUUUAAUGUAGCUAUGAUUAGCAUGAGGUGAUUGUGUGGCCAAUAUUUUUUCACUGCGCUAUGACUGAUGAUCGCUUGUUCAGUAGUUACGUAUUUUUACGCUAUUUGGAGAAUAAUAAAUAAAUGUUUAACAAGAGAAACGAUUUA